AACGGCCUCUUUGCCUUUCCUGUCGUCGGGGACACGGUCGAGAAGUACCUGGAGCGGCGCCGCUCGGAUGGACUUGGGCACUCCUUUUUGAAGGGUUUUGUUGAGUCGUCUGUUUUCCUUCAGUUUACGUUGGGAGUGGACGUCCAGCCGGGAGCGCUCUCGACGCCAGUGGUGAACGGUCUCAUCAGAUCUGCGCAAGCUUCCCGGCCCAGCGACAGACAAGCUCGGCCCUUCACGGUCGCCGAAGUCUUGGCCCUGGAGUCUGUCCUGGCGAACGCGGACAGGCCGGCUGUCGACCGCUACGCUGCCGGCUGUGCCCUGACCUGCGUCUACCUUCGAGCUCGAAUCGGCGACCUCAAGUGUGUCAAGUCGGUGGUCUUCGACCAGGUGGAGGAGGGUGAGGACGGUUUCGCAGGCUACGUCGAGUUGUCCACCGACAGUCACAAGACCAGGAUGACGGGUGGCCGGCAAGGCGUGGUUUUGGCCCUUGCUGGGCCGGCAAAGGGGCUAGGCCCCGGCGUCUGGGCCUCCGACUUCAGGGAUGUUCCCAUCGAUGCUGGCUCCGCUGCUGUCUGGAUUCAGAGCCUCCUUCGGCAAGAGGGCCCGCAGUGGCCAAGAAUCCACGGGGCACAGCUGCAAGUCCACGACCCUGGCGUGGGCUGCUCGGGCAGGAGUCCCUGUAGCGUGGCGAUCACGUAUUCUCGUGACGCCCUGGCAGGCCCUCUUCGUGAGCUGGACCGUGUCAUGAGUCUGAUCAGGAAGAAGGAGUUCGACCCCGACGCCACUCGUUCAGGACUGCUUCGGGCCGCGCCCUUCAGUGACGAAAGUGGGCCGUUUGCCCUUGCCGACUACUCCGAGAACGUGGACCGUUGCAAGACCUGUGAGCAGGAGGGA